GGCUUAGAAAUCUCCGUUCCUCCUCCCUCCUUCAUUAGGUUCAUUUUCUUCUAGCAGCGGAGGCCGUGAGUGUUCAUACAUCCAUGGUUUGAAAAGAAUUCUUUGUUGACAUAAAAGGAAGAGGAAAACAUUUCUUUGGUGAAGCUUAGAUAAGCAAGCUUGGAUUCGAAAACAAGUUUGGCCGCACCACGCCACUAAGUAUAGACAGCGCCCUCUAUUGAGCUUUGUUAAACAUGCACGGCUGAGAAACCCCCAAAAAAUGGCGUUUUUUGAGGACGAUGAAGUGAUUGAAAUUUGCAGUUCAGACAGUGAAAGUCUCGAACCAGACGAGCCUCAAAGGGAAGAUGGACUUCGUUUAUUACGCGAGUUCAUGGCAGUGUGCAAGCCACUACUCAAGUCAAACCAACAAAAGUCCAUCGCCAAACUGCUCACAGACAAAUUUAACGAGGCAAAGGAGUCCUACACUCAAUCCGAAGACUUCAGGUGUUUCAUGCGGGAGCACAUUUCUGAUUUGCAGUUGAAACGGAGGUCUGUUUAUGUUCACAUUCAGGAUGUGAAGGCGGCGCUGAUGCGCGCAUCCAACUCUAAAAGAGUUCAGUUGACGACCCUAGAGGUCGAGAAGGCGGAAGAUGCAAAACCAGCUGCCAAGGAAGAAGUUGCGGAGAAAGCAUCACAAGAAGAUGAGGACGUUUCCAAGAACGGGAGAGCUUAUGCUAAGAUAGACACAAAACUGGCUGCUCAGGAAAAAGUUGAGCAGAGAGUAGAUCGACAAGAGAAUGAGGACAUUGUCGAGAAUGUAAGAGCUGAUAAGAUGGAUGCAAAACCAGCUCUUAAGGAAGAUAAGAGAGCAGAUCCACAAGUGGACGAGGAUGUUACCAAGAAUGGUAGUGCUGAUGAGAUGGAAGUGAAUCCUGUUGUGACAGAGGAAGUUCAAGAAAGGGUAUAUCAGCAAGAUAACAAGGACAUUGCCAAGAAUGGAAGGGAUGAUGAGGCAGUAGUAAAACCAGCUAAUCGGGAUGAUGAUGUGGAGAGAGAAGAUCCACAAGCGGUUGAAGAUGAUGCCAGAAAAGGAAGAGCUGAUGGUCCGGAAGUGGGGAUUGCCCAAGAAACGUACGCCCAGUCUGAGGAUCUCCUGAUGACUUGUGAGACCGUCACAAGUGAUCAUGCAGCUGACGACAAUGCUCUGAAGGAGGAGAAAUCUUUCAAGGAGUCUAAGAGUGCAGGCCUGGAUGCCAUUGCUAGGCCUUCUACAAAUUCUCUAAGAGAUGAUUCUAUCAAGAUGCUGGAAGUUGGAGCAAGUUCAUCCGAGGUGCCUGAAGCUAAACACAGCGAUAGGAAGAGUAAAGGCAAAGACAAGGGCAAGGGAUCACAGAAACAGAUUCGGAAACUGGAGAAGGUGUUGAACAAUUUGGACAAGGCCAUUAAGAAACUCCAAGAAAGGGAACUCACCUUGGAUGAGAUGGAUGAGAGUGACUCCACCCACAUCCAGGAGUACCAGCUUAGGAGACGCUUCGUCAAGGUCUACACCAUGCUCUGCGAGUUGAACGGUUGCUCCUCAACCACGGGACGUGUCAUCGAGCAGAGGGUGAGAUACGAGGGGACCCGCUUCCCCGAGAUCAACAGGAGGCUGGAGAAGUUGGUCAACAAGAAGGACUUCUUCCCGGACUUCCCGGACAUCCACAAGGCUGUUUUGAGGACCAACAAGAAGAAGGACCUUGGAUUAGACAUGCGGAAGGUCCGGAGCAUCGCGAGAGAAGCCUUCGAGGACCUCGGCGGGAAACUGCAGAAGCGGCGCCAGCAGGACUUCAUUCUAAACUUCAGCGCCCACUCCACGCUGGACUUCAUCAACGCCAGAGACUCAGCCGACAAGGACCCAGAGCUGAAACAGAAACUGAUUGAGAACAGAACGCUAGCCAAGCAGAACCUUCGGCAGGUGGAGGACAGUUUUGUUAAGAAGCAAGAGGAAUGUGAAAAGAAGGGAGAGAGCCUGGAGGCUUCCGAACACUCGGAUUCGGAUGCACCUCCGGACCAGCCCUCCGAGGACGAAGAAGAGGAAGCUGAACCAGCUUCCAAAAAACCCAGACUGGAUCCAGACAAACAUCUCAGCAGCAAUGAAGAAAACAGCGGCAAAGAGAGCGCAGAUGAAGACUCAACUGACCACAGACAAUUCUUUGAAACAGACAACCAAGAGAUGAUGGAUAUCCAAGCCACAGACCUAUCAACUUUCGACAAGAUCUCAGCUCCAAAGACAAACACCCUUACCAGAAACCCUCACCCGAAAAAUGUGCGUGUAUGUACUUUCUCCAACGGACAUUUCAACGCAAACAACAGCUCUUCCAAAAUUGCGCAAACAGUCUCUGCGUCGACUUGGAACGAGCGCAAUCUACUCAGUUUUGACACUCCCGAGCAGGCCGUGAAAUCCCUCAAGUUUGAUCAGCCGGCCCUGCCAUCCCCGUCCUUGCCUCUCGUUAUUACCAACGUCUGCAGUCUGUCCGAACAUUCAGGGUUUUUUCCAGGGCCAGAUAAUAAGGACUGGGAUGAAGACAAGGCCACCAUAGCCAGAGUCGUCGAUGACGGAAAAGGUGGUAUUCUGAUUAGCCCACCAAGCCAGCAGAGGAUCAUGGUAGUCAAGUCGGGGAAAAGUGUCAAGCUGCAGACAUCCACCCCUAUCACGCUCAGCUUUGAGGAUGCUGAGACAAAGCCCAGCACACAGCGCCCCAGCAGGGGGAUGUCUGUCCCCACGCCCUCCCCACCCCCGUCAGUCACAAGCACCCGGCCUGAACUGGACGCCAGCCCCGAAGUCGAAGAGGUGGUGGACGAGAGGGAUGACACCCCUGUCUUGCAGACAGAAAAGCGGCUUGAGGUCGCAACUACAUCCCUAGCACACAACAGGCGGGUCACCUCUGCGCAGUGCCAGAACAGUACCCACACUGCACGGGUCAAUCAGAGUGUAGUCUCCGACACCAGCAGACAAUCCCGUAGCGGCUUCGUCCGCUGUAACCACUGUAUGCAGACUUGGAAGGAGACUGAAUGGUGCAAGCAUUUCUGUGCGCAGUCCAGGCGGGUCAGUCACAACAACGUGCAGUCAUACCCGCCCAAACCCAAAGUGAGAACUAGCUUGUUUGUGUACAAGCCAGACAAAUCCAUUUCGGCACCUAAUCCACAAGCUAUGAUGAACAGCUCAGGUCCUUUUCGCAACAUGAAUACCCCAUCAAAGCCACAGUCGGCCCAGGAUAAAGUAUUCAACUUAUAUUCAAAUUUUCCCAAAGGUAAAACGUCCCCAAAAUGGCAGCCUAGUCCUCGGCGGCUAAACUUGCCGAGCAGACUAGAAUUGCAGGACAGAGCACGUCCCCGACAACCGACUUAUACUAAACCUGUGCCAUCGACCAACGCGAACAAUGAGGACUCAGAGGUGGUAGUCAUCAGUGACUCAGAAGUGGAAACCAGUGAAGAGAGUGGGAACCGGGCAGAAUCGUUCGACGUCAUAUGCAUAUCGGACUCUGAUUAGAACUUGCAGUUUUGUCUAGGUUUCAAAAAUGCAUCUGGAGUUGAGUUCAUCACAACUAUUGCAAGUCCAUCACAAAUCAAAUCACAAGUGCAUCACAAGUCCAUCACAAGUCCAUCACAAGUCAAAUCAUAAGUCCAUCACAAGUCCCUCACAAGUCCAUCACAAGUCCGUCACAAGUCAAAUCACAAGUCCGUCACAAGUCAAAUCACAAGUUCGUCACUAGUCAAACAAAUUGCAAGACUUAUGUCUAUCACAAGUCAAUCACAAGUCCGUCACAAGUCAAAUCACAAGUCUGUCACAAGUCAAAUCACAAGUUCGUCACUAGUCAAACAAAUUGCAAGACUUAUGUCUAUCACAAGUCAAACCACAACUUGUCACAAGUAAGAAUACAACGUAAGUUGAUGAACAAUGACUAAGGAAUGCCUUUGCCAAAACCCAUUUGAAUAGCUUGUGAGAUGAAUUGGGACUGGAGGACUUGUGAUGGACUUGCAGGGACUUGUGACAGACUCAACUACCUCCCUGAUGGACUUGUUGAAACUUGGCUACAAUAUUUGACUCAACAUGUACAGUUACACACUAAAAUCUGAAAACUGGAAAUGUAUUGUUUAAAGUUCGUGUUCUCCUUUUUUUCUUGCCCAUAACGUGCUUACAGCACCAGCGUAAAUUUGGCAAAAACUAAUCACAUAUAGAUUUGGUUUACCGAUAAUUUAACCGACUUGUCAAUCAAUUUAUUUUGUAGAUUGAUUGAUUGACAAGGAACAUGAAGCAUAUCUGUGACAAAAUGAGCUCAAAGUUACUAGACUCACAAAUGAAGAUGUGCAUGUUUAUUUCUUCAUUUCACAAAAGAGCAUAAUGUAAAUGUGAAAACAAAAUAAUUUACUUUCCGUCUUAGACGAUGUUUUUGUCGUGGUACUUGCGAUGGAUCACAAGUCCUUCAGGCCAGUCACAGAUCCUGUCCCAAGUCA